AAAAGAUAUCUUGUUUGUAAUCAAUCUUUUACAAGAAGUGAUUCAAUGAACAAAGAAUCUUACAUGUGCAACUGUACCUUUUCUUACUUUGUCACUGUAGGCGAUUCUCUUUGGCCCGACCAGUUUGUCAUGCAUGUUCAGUCAGCAUUAUGGAAUUUUUAACAAGUUGCAACUGCAACUAUUGAAAUUUUCACGUGGGUGUCAGUUAUGAAUUAACUGAAUAUUCCCGAAGUCCUUGGAGAUUCUGCAUGGUUCUUAGAAAACUUGUAGGAAUUCGAAAAUGGAGAGUGAAUCAUUGUAGACAAGUUUCUUCCAAGUAAACUCUGCUAAAGCUUCUUACUGGAAUACCAUGCUGAGGACACGGAUUCACCCAUCUGGGUUGGGUUCAAGUCGGAUUGUAGCAACCUUCAGAAAUUCAAAACCAUCUGGUUAUUGCAGAUUUCAUUUGGGUUCUCUUUCAAAUUAUUCGUCAUCGACUCCUUUGGAGGGAAGGAAACGCUGUUGCCCAUUGCUUAAUACAAAUGGCAUAUUAUACAGUUCACCAACCCAACUGUCAAUCAAAGCUAUAUCGAAUGACAUGGCUUUGGAGAUUGAUGUAGAGGGAGCGUCUGCAAGAGAUUUCGGAGUUUCAGGGAAGUUCUUGACUGCAGUGGGAUUAAUAAUGGGCGCUGCAGUUGGGCCAGGAAUAUUGGGUUUGCCUGCAGCAACACUAAAUGCUGGUCCCCUGCCAUCAACUAUGACCAUUUUGGGGUCAUGGGUGUAUGUUAUUUCAUCCAUCUUGCUUGUUGCAGAGCUUUCUUGUGCUGUCAUGGAAGACAAAGGACUAGACGAGGUGAGUUUUACUGGCUUAGCAAUGCAUACACUGGGAGACAAUAUGGGAGUUCUUGUUGCAGUUGUUUAUGCAAUUUUGAACUAUGCUCUUUUGGUUGCUUGCAUUGCUGGCCUGGGUUCCCUUGUUCAGACAUGGAUGCCCUUUUUGUCCUCUUUCGUGGCUUGUGCUGUUUUUCCUGUCAUAGUUGGGGGGAUUGUAGUAUUAACAUCUUUUAAUUUAAUUGAUCAAGUGAAUAAGGUUUUGUGUGUUCUUAUGGUCGCAUCCAUUUCUGCACUAGUCGGAGUGGUGGUAUUUGUAAAGAGGCGCUGUAUAUGGGAUUCUUUGAACCAUGCAGUAUGGGCUCCGGGUGUUCUUUUGCCUGCUGUCCCGGUAGCUGUGCUCACACUGGGGUUUCAUGUCAUAACUCCUUUUAUAUGUAAGAUUGUAGGAAGAAAACCUAGGGAUGCACUUAAGGCUAUUAGCUGUGGCGGGGUUGUGCCUCUUGCAAUGGUCUUAUUGUGGAAUGCAGUUGUUUUAGGCCUUGCUCAGUCAAGCAUAUAUUCAAGGGCAUUGGAUCCAAUAAAACUUUUGCUGUCUCUGAAUUCCUCUGCUGGACCUGCAGUGCAAGCAUUUGCCUUUUCGGCCCUUGCAACGACACUGAUUAGUUAUGCCCUCAGUUUUCCUAAACAAUUGUAUGAUACUCUAUGCUUGAUCAAGAUGGUUGCCCAAAAGCAUUCUAAAACAUAUCUGGCGAACUUUCCUAACAAAAUGGAAGCUGAAAAAAUUAUGAGAAAUUGCAAUGGAACUGAAAAAAUUGCACAAAAAGCCUGCGCAAAAAAUGGAAGUGGUAGAGAGACUAACUUGGAUGGUCACGAACUUGGCAGAAUGGGCUUCUGUGGACAACAAGAAAUAGCUUUGCAAGAUUCUUCUACUAGCGGAUAUGGAAUGAAAAUAUCUGCUAAAAAGGAGCUGAAUUGUGCCCAAAGUGAUGAAAAUAUAUUAAACAGAGGUACCUAUAAAGAGGAUAACAAUAAUAUUUUUAGAAAAUCCUCUGGUAAGAGCCUGAGAAAAAGGUUGACACUAUCUGACAUAAAAAGUGGCAGCACUGGAAGUAAAAAGGAGACUUUGUCUACUGAAACAGCACACUUGUCAAGUCUCGAUCAUUCAAAAUCAAGAGAAGCCUUGAUGGUAUACCUUGUUUUAGGCCCUCCUGUUCUCAUUUCAACAUUUUUCCCCAAGGCUUUUGCAGCAGCCCUUGAUUUUGCUGGGGUUUAUGCCAACUGUUUCUUGUUUGGCAUCUUACCUCCGUUGAUGGCAUGGAUCUAUCGCUACAAUAAUGCAAAAAGGGACCAAGAUAUGGGCAAGAAAAGAGUUGUUUUAGUUCCUGGAGGAAAAGGACCACUAACAGUGCUCUUUGCUACUGCAAUUUUCCUUGGAUUCAGGCUACCAAAUUAGAUCAACAUAUUAAUAGUAACAUGGGGACUGAAUUAAAAAUUCAUUUUGGACAUCUUUAUUAUUAAGAAGUUUCAAAAUUGAAUUUUGAUCAAAUGUGGCCAUGGAAUUUUAUAGUUGCUGGGGCAUUAUAAUUGCAUCCCACACAGAAGUUAAACAGCUUGUAAUAUCUGUCAUAAUGAAAAUUUUAUUCUGCCUCGUGUCAUUUCUUUGGUAAUUUACUACCAUACUCCUCUUCAUGAAGUAUCACUGUUUUGUUGA